UGCUCCUGUGUUGUAUUACUGGUCUGUUAUUUCUUAUGCCCAUGCUGCGAAUUGCGCCAGCUUAUGCCAACCUGACAAGCGUUAUCUGAAUGUAAAUAGCACUCAGAGCUGCUCCAAUUGUGCUGCUGGUCCAUCGUAAUAUGUGGGACUCGGCUUGAUGCGUUUCGGGUUUCGCUCAGCUCAAAUUGCUCAGCGCGCGUCGCGACCGGAUGCAGAUGCCGGAUGUUGUGACGCGACUGAUCUGGUCAGCAGUCGGCAUCCAUUGACCGACUCACCAUCACAUUUGCCCGUCCGAGACCUUCUGACCUCACGAGGCGGAUCACACAGUCACACACAAUCAGAUCGAUCGGAAAGAUGCCAGCGUUAUCGAGCGAUCCGCGGAAGUCGAGAUAGUGCCUCCUUUCGCAUUUCACGUGAACCGCAUGCUGGCCUCGCGGUGUCUCUUCUCGGCCAUGGCGUGCGGUUGAGCAGCUCGAAACGCUCGACGGGGCAGACGGAUUCGAACAAACGAGCGCGCGGAAGAUUCUGACAGCUGUCAUGCGUUCAAAGCGCUAUGCAACCUCGCCCCAUUGCGCGUCAUGUGGCUACCUUGGCAAGGUUUCCGAGACAUCGUCUGCGCUGCGGGCGGCUCAGAGGACAUCCAAUUAUGCGAAGCACAGACUGCGGAAGUCUAUGCGAAGUGUUUGGCGGUCGAUCG